AUGCCCGCGCGCCUAGUUGUCCCAAAUGCCACAGCGUCAACGGUCAACCGUCCAACCCACCUCACCUACUACACCCAGUACCCACCCUCCUUUCUUCUUCUCUGCUCUGUGCCAGAGUACAGUACACCAUAACAUUUGCAGUGUGAGCUUGCAAACUAUCAAGCGGAUUCAACAAACAACCAUGUCGAAACCUGGCGGCGGCGGCGGCGGCGUCCUCUUCUCCGAGUACAUCGACGACAGCAUCCUCACCCCUCUCCUCUCCCGCCUCCAAUUCAUCACCGACGACGAGAGGUUGCACGGCACCGACCUCCUGGAGGACCUCGACGGUAUCCGCGGCCUGAUGGGCGAUCUGCGGAUUGUCUUCGCCAGGAUGGCCAAGAACGAGCGGUCCCUCAUCGUCCUCUUCGAUCCUAUUGAGAGGCUUGUCGACGACGUCCUCGAGUCCGUCACCGCCAGAGACGCCGACGUCGCCGCGCUCCAGCCAAAGCUGGACAGGGUCAGGGUGCAGAUUGGUGCCAUCAGAGAGGCCGUUGCAGGAUCCUCCUCAUAUGACAAGAUCGAGAAAGAGGAUCAGCCACCCCAAGGCAAAGGAGGAGCUCGGGAGGAUUUUGCUUCUGCGCCCGCGGCCGAGGUGGUCUAUGACGGCGGGGAGCACAUGGCGCACCUCCGCCGAGCCGUGCACGGCAUGGACGUGCGGCUGCGGCACUGCCUCCUCUGCCUCGCCGCCUUCCCGGAGGGUGCUGUCAUCAAGAAGCGGCUGCUCGUCCACUGGUGGAUGGGCGAAGGCUUCGUGGAGUCCGCCGACAAGGGCAAGGCACGCUUCAAGCAGCUCGUCGACAUGAGGUUCGCCCGCGCCGUACGCCGGGAGCACUGCGGCACGGCGCACGCGUGCACCGUGCACCCGUGGAUCCGCAGGAUGCUCGUGGCCGUCGCCAGAAGCGGCGCGUUCUUGGACGCUGAUCCGGACGGCACCUCCAAGAACGACUUCGCGAGGGCGCGCCGCGCGUGCCUGCGCGACGGCGGCGAAGUGAGCCCGGCGCCGUCCAGGUUCCACCCGGAGGUCUGCACGGUCUACAACGUCGACCAGAAGUACGUCAGGCUCAGCGACGCGUGGUUCAGAAACAAGGCACGGCUGGGGACCAUGCAGCUCGGGCAGUGGCGCGCGUCCGGCGCGAGCGAGCAGAUCGCCGACCCGAAGAGGAGCCACGUCGAGCUGAUUGCCGACGAGCACCUCAGGGGCAUCGGGGCGUGCAAGAACCUCAGGUACCUCAGCCUGAGAGGCAUAUCGCGGAUCAAGGCCGUCCCGGACGCCAUCGGCAAGCUGGGCGAGCUCGUCGUGCUGGACCUCAGGGCGUGCCACAACCUGCAGGUGCUGACCAAGGAGAUCACGAAGCUGCACAGGCUCGAGUACCUGGACGUCUCCCAGUGCUACCUGCUCGUCGAGAUGCCCGAGGGGCUCGGCAAGCUGUCGGAGCUCCAAGUGCUCAAGGGGUUCGUGCUGGCAAACUCCACCAGGAAGAACGCGUGCAGCCUAAUCGAGCUGGCCGAUCUGAAGAAGCUGCGCAAGCUCAGCAUCGGCAUCGGCAAGAAGCUGAAGCGUGCAGAGGAUGAGCUCAGUGUGCUGGCCAAGCUGACCAGCCUCGCAUCACUCAAGAUAACAUGGGGCAUGGGAGGCAAGGAAUCAUCCGAGGCUACAAGAGUUCGUCAACUCGCUCUCCCCUCCACGCUUACGAAGCUGGAGCUCUGCUGCUUCCCGUGCCGAGAAUUCGCAGAGCUGAUCAACCCUGACGGGUUAAGAGGGCUAAGAAAGCUGUAUGUGACUGGAGGGAUGCUGCAAGAUCUGGGAGCUCGGAGUGACCCGAACGGGGAGUGCAGAGUGGAGGUGCUUCGCCUGAGAUAUCUGAAGCAUCUGCAGUGCGACUGGGAAGAACUGCACGGCCUGUACACAGAACUGAGGUUCUUGGCAGCUCAGAGCUGUCCAGCGGCAGCAAAUUGGCCUCUGGACGAGAUAGGGUUGUGGAGGAAUAGUGAUCGAGCUGGUGUACAAAUGAAUGAAUGAAUUGGCCUCUGAACGUUUGUUGCUUCCUCGUCGUAGCAACAAAGUGGAGCCUCAAUUGUUCAUGAAUUUACUGCGUUUUGAUACCAAGGUUCAA